AUGUCCUCCACACUAGGAGAUUAUCAGCUCGCCAACGCAGCCGCAGGCUUCUCACUUGGAUUUGGUUUCCUUACCACCUGGGAGGCUAUCAAGCAGACACGACACCUCAUCAAUCCAUGGCGGUCGGUGUACAUCUUCAUGGUCUGGGGCGAGCUCAUUGCAAACUUGGCCAUCACAAUUCUUGUUUGGUUGUUCAUGAAUCACUACCUUUUUGCAAAUGUUCCCACAUACUUCUUUGUCCUAUUCUUCUGGGCCUUUGAGAUCCAUUUCAUUUUACAACUCAUAAUCAAUCGGCUGAGCGUUGUCGUCUCAGAUCGGAUCACUGCCACGCGGGUAAAGUGGGCUGUCGCGGUCAUUAUCACUCUCGUCAAUAUCGGGGUCUUUUCUAUUUUCAUCCCAGCCCACCUCAACCCUCCUCCGGACAAACUAUUUGUCGUGGUCAACAAGUACUGGGACAAAGCGACUAAAUUCAUUAUUCUAUUCAUCGAUGCUGGCCUGAACCUUUACUUUCUGCACACAGUCAAUGCCCGGCUCGUGCGGAAUGUCGGACUCACAAAAUACCGGAGCCUCGUUUCAUUCAAUAUUAAACUCAUGGUGGUUUCGGUCUUGAUGGAUUGCAUGAUAAUUGGGAUGAUGUUCUUCCACAACCAGCUUGUCUUCAUGUCCUUCCAUCCCGUCGCCUACACCGUGAAACUGAACAUCGAGCUGAGUAUGGCGAACCUGAUCCGCAAGAUUGCAACGUCCCGUGAAAAUGACUUCCAGGGCGACCAUUUGCACUCGUAUUCGAUGCAUUCGGUCGGAGGCCAGAGCCCCGCGACACUGAGCCGAUCUCGGGCGAAUACAUUCCGGACCAGACGGACAUCCUCUAUUGGUGGUGUUCAAGCUAGUGAUGAUCCCAAGAGCAGAAAACUGAGUGACGAUGAGAGGCGGAUUGUUGUCACGGACGAAUAUGAGAUGUGUCCUGUGUAA